ACCUGCAGUACAGGUGCACGCAGGCCUACCUGCACCUGCAGGAAGGCAGGCAGCAGAAGUGGCGGCAGCUGUGGCCGCUGCUGCAGCUGGUAGCCAGCAUCACCAACAUCUGCUACUACCUCAGGUACAUAGGUGGCGACAGCGCUGUGUGCUCACUGAGCCACGCCGUGAGCGGAGUCACGCUCACCAGGCGCUCACCUCAAGACGAGCGUGACCAGCACGCUCUCACCUGGCGCCAGCAGUUGGUGGCCGCGACGCCCGUGAAGCUCAUGGAGUUCUUGGAGCUGGCAGCGUUCUUGCUCCAGUUCCUGGAGACGUGGUACUCCAGCGACCGCUCCAGCGGCGCCUCCAUGGCCCCACAGCAUGAGUCCCGUGUCCCGCCGUUCCCCCAUGAGGCUCCCGCUGGGGGACCAGACCCGCGGUGUCCCGUGUGUCACGGGGAGAUCAAGCAACCCACGGCGCUCGCCGUGUCGGGCUGGUGCGCGUGUACCACGUGUGACUGGUGCGCGUGUACCACGUGUGACUGGUGCGCGUGUGUACCACGUGUGACUGGUGCGCGUGUACCACGUGUGACUGGUGCGCGUGUACCACGUGUGACUGGUGCGCGUGU